AUGUGUGUGUCUGUGCGCGUGCGUGUGUGUGCGUGCCUGUGUGAUCUGCUUGCCUGCACCAUGUGAGUGCUACCGGCAGAACAACGGCUUGAAACGACGGGUCUUCCAACGUACGGUUCGUGACAUAAUACCGUUUAAGAUGCUGCAGAUCGGGGAUGAGGUGGUGUAUUUCUCGGCGUUGUUUCUGCUCGUGGUGUUGGGCACGCGGAGCGCCACGGGGGCCUCUCUCAUCACCGCUUUCCUCUACGUCUUCAUGGUGAUGUUCCGGUUUCCUCCGGUGCCGGCGGACCAGGCCGGCCGUGUCCUCCGGCCCGGGGCUCCAUCAGGCGGGGUCUUGGUGGUGGCGCACCGCGGGGGCAGCCAUGAUGCUCCGGAGAACACCUUGGCGGCGAUCAGAGAGGCCAGUAGGAACGGGGCCACUGGCGUGGAGCUGGACCUGAGCUUCACGGCAGAGGGGGUGCCCGUCCUCAUGCACGAUGAGACGGUGGACCGCACCACCAACGGCUCUGGACCAGUUAGCAAACUGCAGCUGGCCCAGCUUAAGAGACUAGAUGCUGCUGUUCGUCACAGGCUGAGAGACAAAUACAGUGGAGAGAAGGUCCCAACUCUGCAGGAGGCAGUGGAGGAAUCCAUCAGACAACAGCUCACCAUCUUCUUCAAUGUCAAAGGUCAACCUGAUAAGGCUGCGUCAGUGCUUCAUGAGAUGUAUAAGAAGUUUCCUGCCCUUUACAAUAGCAGCAUUGUUUCUUCCUUUGAACCAAAAGUAAUCUACAAGAUGCGUCAGACGGACCCCAACGUGGUCACAGCUCUCAUCCACCGCCCUUGGAGACUGAGCCGCUUUACCGACGGCGCCCCCCGGUCCCUGUCCAUCUCGGGUCAGGUGUGGACGGGGGUUCUGGACAUCUUGUUGGACUGGGCCCACCACCACAUACUGUGGAAACUCUGCGGUGUCUCUGCCAUCCUCAUGCAGAAGGACUACAUCUCACUGGACUACGUUCAGUACUGGGCAGAGCGAGGUGUGGAGGUGGUGGGCUGGACGGUCAACACCGCUGUGGAGAAAGACUUCUACCAAAACAUGCUGAAGAUUGGAUACCUGACCGACAGUCUGCUGGAAGACUUUGAUCCUCAAUACUGAUAAACACACACACACACACACACACACACACACACACACACACACACACACACACACACACAACACA